UCCGUCCGUGCCGCGGUGCGCGGGCCCUGGAGAGCCGGGCGCCGUCCCCAUCUCCCAGACCUAGGGCAGGGCGGCGGCCCAGCGCUCCGCACCCUCCCGGAGCGUGCGGGAAUAAGCCGGAAAUGGCCGACGAGGCGUUGUUUUUGCUUCUCCACAACGAGAUGGUGUCAGGAGUGUACAAGUCCGCGGAGCAGGGCGAGGUGGAAAAUGGUCGAUGCAUUACUAAGCUGGAAAACAUGGGAUUUCGAGUGGGACAAGGAUUGAUAGAAAGGUUUACAAAAGAUACGGCAAGGUUCAAGGAUGAGUUAGACAUCAUGAAGUUCAUAUGCAAAGAUUUUUGGACUACAGUAUUCAAGAAACAAAUUGACAAUUUAAGGACAAAUCAUCAGGGCAUCUAUGUACUUCAGGACAACAAAUUUCGACUACUUACUCAGAUGUCUUCAGGAAAACAGUAUUUAGAACAUGCAUCAAAGUAUCUAGCAUUUACAUGUGGCCUAAUCAGAGGUGGCUUAUCAAAUUUGGGGAUAAAAAGUAUUGUAACAGCUGAAGUGUCUUCAAUGCCAGCAUGCAAAUUUCAGGUGAUGAUACAGAAGCUAUAGAAGAUACUGAAAUGCAAGGCUUCCACAGUGUAAAGAGAUAAAUUAUUCCUAUAUAAAGUGUUUCAAGUAAUGAUUUAA